CAUGUCCCGUUCGUGUGCUCCGGUAUCCCUAAUUGAACCUGUGUGUACCGACCUUCGUCAGUUCUCCGACAACCUUGUUCUAAAACAGCUCCGACAUCUGAAAUAUACCAACAGUGCAGGAGAAAAGAUGCGUUUUGAUGAGAACUUUGACUUGGCAGCAAACUACACAAUAAUCAACUGGCACAGAUCUGCUGAAGAUGGUUCUGUGGUGUUUGAGGAGGUUGGAUAUUAUAAUAUUCAUUCAAAGAGGGGAGCCAAGCUGGUCAUUGACAAGACAAAGAUCCUCUGGAAUGGAUACUCUAUUGAGGUUCCAUUCUCCAAUUGCAGCGAGGAUUGUGAACCGGGCACCAGGAAGGGCAUCCUAGACAGUAUGCCCACUUGUUGCUUUGAAUGCACUGAGUGCUCAGAUGGAGAGUUCAGUAACCACAAAGAUUCCAGCAUUUGCACCAAAUGUCCCAAUAACUCCUGGUCCAGUGGGAACCACACCUUGUGCUUUUUAAAGGAAAUUGAGUUUCUGUCCUGGAAUGAACCAUUUGGGAUAGCUUUGGCCAUAUGUGCAGUACUUGGUGUUGUCUUGACAGCUGUUGUCAUAGGAGUGUUCGUCAAAUUCCGCAACACCCCCAUAGUGAAGGCCACAAACCGAGAGUUGUCCUACUUGCUCCUCUUCUCGCUUAUCUGUUGUUUCUCCAGCUCACUUAUCUUAUCCCGCUUACUUUAGUACUUACGGGAAGUUUGUUUCGGCAGUGGAGGUCAUUGCGAUUCUGGCGUCCAGCUUCGGGAUGCUGGCGUGUAUUUUUUUCAACAAGGUCUACAUCAUCCUAUUUAACUCCUCCAGGAACACAAUAGAGGAAGUCAGGUGCAGUACGGCAGCCCAUGCCUUCAAAGUGGCUGCCAAGGCCACACUGAAACAGGGCACGGUGUCCAGAAAAAAGUCAGGUAGCGUCGGACGAUCAUCCUCCUCCUCCCCGUCAUCCUCCAUCAGCCUCAAGACGAACGCUGACGGUGGCGAGACAACCUAUGGAAGGAACAAGCCAAGAGUGAGCUUUGGUAGCGGGACAGUCAAGUUGUCUUUCAGCUUUGAGGAGUCGAGAAGGAGUUCUUUAAUGUGAUUUCUUACCUCUCAGUUACACCUUUUGUUUUUGGGGACUUUAAAAAGGAAUGAAAACCCCCCUAA